UCUUCUCUUCUCUUUGCUGUGCAAGUAUUCACAUUGAUGAGAAUUGGAUUGAUCAGUGAGUGUAACAAUUGAUUGCAGAAUGGCUGAGAAUUCAUCAACGCUUCAUGCACUUAACUGCGAUCACGAACACUGCGCCCCACAUCGGUAUGAUGAGUUGUGUCGUGAAGAGCAAGAAAGAUCGAAAGCUCAUAGGAAGCUAUUGGGGAAGAAGUUGAAGAAGGCGAUGAAGGCGUUUACGAAGAGGUUGAAGAUGCGUAAUGGUGAAGCGAAGGAGAAGGAAAAGAGAAGGAAAUUCCAGUAUGAUCCCAAGAGUUAUGCACUUAAUUUUGACCAUGGAAUAAAGGAAUGCGACGGUGUUUUUCUGGAUUUCACAGCCCGGUAUAUUUUGGGAGCGCACUGAAACGUAAACAUCACCGUUUCAGAUACCAAUUUCUUCAUUCUCCAUCUCUACUUUUCAUGAUAGACUAA